CUCGGAAAAUAACCGCACGAAAUGUUCUUUCUUUAUGAACCUUCCUUUCCUCUGCUUCCAGAAACUCUCUUAAACUCCUCUGCAAAUUCUUCGCCUCUCUCUCUUUUCUUUAAUAGCUAUCAAAGUCUGCCUCUUCUUCUUCUUCUCCUCCUCCUCCUCCUCCCUUCAUGGCCUCAUCCAUGUCUUUAACCACUUUUAAACUUUCUCUUCUUCCUCACUUCCCGUUUAAUUAUCACCUCUCGCCAUUUCUUCUGUUUUCUGCAACUUCCUUGUCCAAACGGCAUCGUUCGUGCUUCUCCCAGCGUUUUUCUGUACCCCAUCGGCUUACUGCUUCCGCGUUCUCAAACGCAACCCACAACGGCUCGGCGAGAAAUGGGACAUAUAAUGUUGGUAAUUUUCUGACAAGGAGAGAGGAUUUGCAUGUGGUGAAAACUACUACAACUGUUGAUGAAGCAUUAGAGGCUCUGGUGGAGAAGAAAAUUUCUGGUUUUCCUGUGGUUGAUGAUGAUUGGACAUUGGUUGGUGUUGUUUCAGAUUAUGACUUGUUAGCACUCAACUCAAUUUCAGGUGGCAGUCAAAGUGGAACAAACUUAUUUCCCAAUGCUGAUAGUUCCUGAACAACAUUCAAUGAGAUGCAGAAACUACUUACUGAGAACAAUGGUAAAGUUGUUGGUGAUCUGAUGACACCUGCUCCACUUGUCAUUAAUGAAACCACCAAUCUAGAGGACGCUGCUAGGUUGAUGCUUGACACAAAAUAUCAUAGACUUCCAGUGGUAGAUGGUGAUGGCAAGCAGGUUGGAAUCAUUACAAGGGAAAAUGUUGUUAGAGCUGCCUUGCAAAUAAAACGUGCCGGUGAAAGCUCAAGAUUAAAUUGAGCAUUGUAUUAAAUAUUGGGAUUCUUCAUUUCUAUAUAGGGUUUCUGAAGUUUGUUUUUCAAGUGGAAGUGAUCAAUGAAAUCUUCUGCUCUAAGAGUCUCUCUGUUCUGCAUCAUUUUUCAGCAAUAUUCACCUGUAAGUUCUAGUUAAAAUGUUAUACAUAGGCUCGGUAGGACAGAUUAUCUAGGAUCAAAUUUGACUUGGCAGUGGUCUAAUGCCAAGUUGCUGAUAUCAUAAAUAGCAUUCUUAUUGAUUAUAGCUGUACAACAAGAAGGGUAUAUAUAGGUUUGAAGUGUCAUUUCUAAUGACCAAAAUAUCAUUAUUUUAGGGUAUGUUUGCAUUGAAUUUGGAAAUUCAUGAAUUUAAGAACUUCAAUUUUUAUUUUUUUAUUUUUCUGUAGAUUUGUACAAUCCACCUUGGUUGGGAUGUAGACUAAAUUUAUGGAAUUGAAUGCCAUUAUUGGAAUGAAAGAAGUUUAUAGUCC